AAAUAUACUUUAAUUAAUCACACUGUUCACAAGUACCACAGUAACAUGUUCUCCAAAAUCGUGACUUUGUGCGCUGUUGUGGCUGUGUCCCAAGCGGGACUCCUGCCGGCAGCCGUGCACUACUCGCCCGCCGCGGCAGUCUCCUCCCAGAGCAUCGUACGCCACGACCAGCCCGCUCUCGCCACCAAGCUAGUAGCCGCUGCCCCCGCAGUGUAUCACGCUACCCCUGCAGUGUACCACUCUGCCCCCGCCCCCACAGUGUACCACUCUGCCCCCGCCCCCACAGUGUACCACUCUGCCCCCGCUCCGGCUGUGUAUCACGCCGCCCCUGUCCACUACGCAGCUCCCGUCGCUAAAGUGCUCGCUCACCGCGAAGAGGAAAUUGCCUACCCUAAAUACGACUUCACCUACUCCGUCGCUGACGGACACACCGGAGACAACAAGUCCCAGCAGGAAUCCCGCGAUGGCGAUGUUGUGAAGGGCUCGUACUCAUUCCACGAAGCUGACGGCUCCAUCAGGACUGUGGAGUAUUCCGCCGACGACCAUAGCGGCUUCAACGCGGUCGUGCACAACACAGCACCCACUGCCGCGCCGACCGUCAUCAAGACCCCAGUCUACACCGCCCAUGCCCCCGCCUACUACCAUUAAAACCUCAAAUGAUUGUUACAGUAUACUUGCAAAUGUUAGUUUAUUAGUUAUUUAUUGUAAU